AUGAUGGACGAUCUUGACGCAAGGAACUCUUCUCAUGAUGUCAGAUUUGUCGCGCUGUCGGAACUAUCGUUGGACAGUCCAGCGAUGACGCCAUUUGAUUUGCAGCCCCAUGCUGCAGGCCUCGACAGCUAUUUUAAUAGCUGCUCUGCUUCUCCAACAGUCGUUUCGUCAACCACAAAUGCCACACUACCGAAACAAGGUGGGCGCUUUAGCAAGGAAGCAAUUCGUGUCCUCAAAACCUGGCUGAGGACGCAUGAAAAUAGACCUUAUCCUCGCCCUGAAGACUUGCAAUUCUUGCAGCAGCAAACUGGCCUUGAUUGCAAACAAAUAACGACCUGGUUUGCGAACGCUCGGCGUCGCGACCUUUCUCGCGCCCCUCGACCCCAGUCUCCGCAAGUAACAGCAAGCCCUGUUGACAUUAUUGCGCGGCCUGCUACACCAGCAGUGCAGCUUCGGACCCAGCACGAAGAUCCUUUGCAGCGAUGGGUAGAGUCACCACCAGAGCAAGAGGCUGCGCUUUUUGGUGAUAUCGUUCGUGCUGUAGCCACGCGCCCGGAUCACACCGGUGAUAAGGACUGCAAACCAGAAGCAUUGUAUUACUCAUCCUCCGCAAGCAGUGCUGGAACAUCUUUUUCUAAUCCACUAUCGGACUGCAACUCGUCUGGGUCUCGAAAGUCAUAUUCACUAUCUCGAAAACCGCGCAGACGGAGAGUGAAGAAGAGCCAUCGACCUAGAGAAGGUCACGCCGCAUCCCAAUUGCCAUUCCAAUGCACCUUUUGUGUUGAAACAUUCAAGACCAAGUAUGAUUGGCAACGUCAUGAAAAGGCCCUACAUCUCUCUCUAGAGCAAUGGACGUGUGCACCCGAAGGGCCCAGAGCUUCGGUGUUAGGUGGGUCUGGAGAGCUCUGUUGCGUAUUCUGCGGUGAAUUGUCUCCUGACGAUGCCCAUCUUAAUACUCAUCAGUACUCGGCCUGUCAAGCACGAGAUGAGGGUGAGCGCAGCUUCCAUCGGAAGGAUCAUCUCGUCCAGCAUCUAAAGCUGGUACACAAGGUUGACAGCAAACAUGUCCAGUUAGACCGGUGGAAGACAUCGACGCUAGAUGUCCAAUCAAGGUGUGGGUUCUGCACUCUGGCCAUGAGUACCUGGACGGAGAGAGUGAAUCAUCUGGCGGACCAUUUUAAAGCGGGUGCAACAAUGUCGCAAUGGCAGGGUGAUUGGGGAUUCGAAGACCACGUCUUAGAGCGUGUGGAAGACAGUGUACCGCCUUACUUCAUCCAUCUUGAGAUGAAUACGCCUUGGCCUUUACGCGCAAGCGAUACACCAAUUGCCACGCUUGUCAACGCUUACGAACUCCUCAAAUUUGAAGUGAACUUUUUCCGACAGAAUUACCUUGACAAGAACGGAUCGCCACCGAAUCAUCGUGCUUUUCAACUCGAAGCAUGCCGUACUGUGUUCGCAUCAGAUGCAUUAUCAGAUAAGAAAGUCUCGACGCCGCAACGAGAUGAUGACGAGUCUUGGCUUCGCGACUUGAUCAUGUCGAAUCCAGAUAUCACACAAGAAGCUCUAUUUGGGCCGCUCCGAACACCUUCUGAGGGCAUUUCGACGUUGCGAAUAUACGGCCGAACUCACCUCUUCGAACAAUGUCCACUUGAAAAUCAGCUCCUCGCUUUUGUGCGAGCUCAGGCUGAUGCAGGCUUGCCAGACUGGCGACUUCAGCAAGAAGCUUGCGAUAUCAUUCGUCGCGCUGAGGCAUCGUCCAAUGCUACACUCGAAGGCUUUUCCGACUGGGUAAUCCACGCUAUUGGAGCUGACAGUGACUGGCUCCUACCAUUCAAAUUACGCGUGGGCUUGGACAUUGGCGAUCAAUUUAAUCCUGCCGCAGUUCCCUCACUCGAGUCAGUCGAUCAUCAGCAAGUGUCUGCGCCAUUUUUCCCGGAAGCCUUUACCCAUGUUGGGCUCCCUGAAAACUCAUCUAAUGCACCUAUUCAUUACCUGGCUGCGCCUCCGUCCGCCUCCAAUUUUCCGGACAGCUACUCACAGAGCAAUAGGUCUAUGGGCCCGAACUUCUUCCGUCUUUUUACUGGCGACCUCAGGCGCUGGGUCUUUGCGACAAUGUCCCCCUCUAACCCGGGAAGUCACGUGCCGUCUGAUACAGAGAUCCAGCACCAUGCGCGCUGGAUCAUGUAUGAGUCUGAUGACCCGUGGAAUCAGACUGCAGCGGAUCAUCCGGAAUGGCUUUGGCGAUUUAAAAAGGACGUCGGAAUUUUGAGGGAAGGGGAGGCGGCUGUGGGUGGGGAUCCGGGAUUCCCGGCUCUAUGA